GGUCGACUCCAACUUCUCCACAGUUCCCCCUCCGCGGUCCACUGGAGCGUCCACAGACAAACAGCACUGACAUUGGAAGAAGUCGCUUUAGCCUGACACCCAAAAAACAAAACGGACCCGUACCCGCAGUCUCAAACGAACCCAGAGUCCAGUCGCUUCCUGAAGUGCUUUUUCACGGAAAUGCUUCACCUGAAGUUUUCCUUCGGACGGUGAAAGUUUGGAGUUGGAGACAACAGGGAGACGCUUCAAAUGGAGAGAGGGUGAAUCAAUCCCUCCGGAUCGUGAAAGUUCAAUCAAGUGCAUAGUUCCAGAGUGAGGUGGUAUGUCAAACCGUGACUCGCUGGGGUUCGGGGAGCUUCUUCCCCAGGAUGUGGUUGAUAUUUUUGCCCAGGAGAAGAACGGCAAAAGAGGCCAGAAGAAGCGCAGUCACUCCCUAGGCCGGGCUCUGGUCUGGCUGAAGGGCAAGAACAGGAAGGAUCUCGGUGCUAAGGGACAGAGGCUGGGUCUCGGUCCUGCACUGGACUUGGCUUGUGACAGACACCCUGCUGGGCAUCAGGGUGGACACAAAGGAGGACAUAAGUCAGGAAGACAGGCUCAUCCACAAGGUAAAGGUUAUGCUGUCCCAAAGCGAGAUGAUGAUAAGACCCCGGCACAACCGUUGUUCCAGGAGAAUGUGUUCAUCGAGGGUAGCAGGCCCGAGUACCUGGAGAACCUUCACACUGAGGCCCUGGAGGGAUUGAAAAUGAUGCAGCAGGAAGAAACCAAUUAUGGAGUGGAGUUCCAGGACAAUGAAAGCACAAUUUCGGUCCACACAGACGGGGAAUGUGGAGGGUUUAUGACUGACAGUACCAUUGGUGACUCAUCUUCUGUUGUCUCUGUACAAUCAUCCGCGUCCACGAGAUCUUCCCGCUCUGGACUCACCAGGCAAGGAUCAACAUUCAGACCCUUGAAUUCUGGGAAGAAGUCAGAAAAGACCAAGACGAGGAGAAGACACAGGAAGACUGUUGGGGGUAUCCCACAGCAUGUUCAGAGAGAGCUGGGCCUGGACAGAGUGGGUUGGUCACUGACUCAGAGGUUAGAUGAGGAGCACCUUUACAAUGGUGAAUCUGACGACAGCCCAACCACUUACAGGCCAGAGCAGGCAGCAGAGUCACAAAUACGAGCUGGUGCCAGCCUUCAGGACAUGAACGCCAUCCAUCCCCUCAACAAGAACCAACUCCAGCGGCUCGGUGCCACCCAUGCUGGUCAUAGGGAUGACCUGGCCCUGCUGCACCGCCUGGCAAUUCCCUCUAUGACCACUGCCAACAGCCUUCAGCCGGAGCCGCCGAGCCCCGUCAUGUCCAUGUCACCCCAGGCCGCCUACAUGUCCAAAAUCAUUCCAAAUGCUGUGUUGCCACCCUCCAUCGAUGUGGUAGAAAUCAGCCGCGGACGGAGUCGCAACAGUGUCCGCACCAUCAGCAAGAGCAGCCUGCUGCUGUCCAGCCCGGCCCCCUCCCGUGCUUCCUCCAGAGCAUCUUCUUCCAGAAACACUUCCUCCAGAGCCUCCACCAUCACCUCCGCCUCCCGCAACAAUAAUCACAAUAUGUCCGACAGCUCUUGUUGGAGCAACUCUGAGUCCUCAGAUACCUUGGUAUCGGACUCCUCGACCAUCUCCAGCAGCAGCACCCCCAGACAGAAGAGGUCACAGGACGGAGAUGCCUCUGCUAAAGAGGACAGAAUCAGUGUUCACUCCUCCAUCAGCAAGGCUUCAAAAUGCAACUCCAAUGGCAAGCUCAUAGUUAAGGGAGACGAAAUUAAGAAAGAGGGGCCGUUUGGGCGUAGCCUCUCCAUCAUGAAGCCCAAGAGGGCUCCUCCGCCUCCAAGCCGCUCCUAUUCCCUUCACAAUAAGAUGAAGCGACGGUCACGGGAUCUGGCAGAGGUUAGGGUCAACUCAAGGGAAACUUCUCUCAAUAACACCUCAGCAUCUGGUGAGGAAAAUGAAAAAAAUACAUCGGGAUCUUGUCCUGUGCCCUCCAGCCCCGAAUACAAUGCCGACACCAGUUCUCUGGACGACUCCAUGGACUCUGUGUCAUUCAGCCCCAUCAGAUCCCAGCUGCUGGCACAAAGGGCAGAAAGAGCUGCAAAGGUUGAGGUCUCCAAAGAUGCUUCACAAGAGAAGAAGGAACCACUUCAGGAGAAUAAGUUAAGCAAAAUAAUCUCUCCGUCCAGUGGAUACUCCAGCCAAGAUGGCACAUCCUCACAGGUUUCUAAGGAGCCCCACAGCUCAUCUCCAAGGCACAAGAGAGGAAUCUUAGCAAAGCUUCAAAGGUUAUUUCCUGGGUCCACUCCUGCUGCUUCAACAGCAUCCCCUCUCCCGCAGCAAGAGGGUUUGAAACAUGGCACCACAGUCGAUACUGUGAGCCCUUCUGUAAGGGCCUUGAGAGAACUCUUCAACAUCCCUCCGCCACCUAAAGUCCAUGCACCUCCACCCCCUCCUCCAGAGGUAUGGGCUCACAGCAAGCGUUCCUUUGAGCUGCUCCUGGGACCCCCGGCACCUGAUAACCUUUACGCCAUCAUAAAGAAGAAUCCAAAGGACAGGAGACAGCAGAGGCAGUCUCCUUCUGCAUCUGCAGAAGGCUCUGUGAAGAGCUUGGUGGUAGAAAGAAAACACAAGAAUCCGGCUGUAACAGUGGAGUCCAUUAACGGAGCCAUGCGUGUUCGGGAGACAAAGAACGUUCAAGAAAGUGGUAUUUUGAGUGCAGAGAUUCUCAAAGGGAAUCAUGACAGACUAGCUGAGCAGAAUGUUGAUUUGAAAGGAAAUAGCAAUGUGACAAAUAAUGAGAAAGUAAGAGUAAUUGACAUAAUAAAUGGAAUGUUAGUGAAGGCCGUAGAGAAACGCGAAGGAAGGCUGGCAGUAGUGAGAGAAGAAGAAGUCAAACCGACAUCCACACAAGCCUCAGAGGUAAAGACUAACAUGGAUGUGUUACCUGCCAUUUUAUUAGCACGCGUUCCUCCAUCUCCCUCUCCUCCUCCGGCACAUCAUCCUCCCUACCCCCCGACCACAUCAGUAGUUGUGUCCCCCGAGUUGUCCUGGCCCCCACCGCCUCCACCACUGGCAAAAGCGGGCCUUAAUAGUCCUGAUGAGAUUGACUUCCCUCUGCCGCCUCCGCCAAUGUUCGGUGAAGUGGGGUUAGUGUCACCUGUUCAGGUGCCACCAGAGAAGUCCAUUCCUGGUGGUGACUCGUCUUGUACAACUACGUCGGUUGUAUCAGUGGUGAUCACAGAAGCUGAACCAAAGAAACCCAGCACAUCCCAGGGGAUUGCAGCUCCACCCCUGAGUAUCCCACCUCCCCCACCAUACACGGCUCCCCCUCCGCCAGUUAAAGUAGUAUCCCCUCCUAUGACUAAAAAGGUCUCUCCUCCAUCGCCACCUAAAAAGGUUUCUCCUCCGCCUCCUAAAGAAAUGUCUUCUCCUCCACCACCUAAAGAAAUGUCUCCACCACCUAAAAAGGUUUCUCCUCCAUCACCUAAAGAGGUUUCUCCUCCACCACCUAAAGACAUGUCUCCUCUUCCAUCCCGUAAAGAGGUUUCUCCUCCACCACCUAAAGAAAUGUCUCCUCUUCCACCCCCUAAAGAGGUUUCUCCUCCACCCCCUAAAGAGGUUUCUCCUCCACCACCUAAAGAGGUUUCUCCUCCACCACCUAAAGAAAUGUCUCCUCUUCCACCCCCUAAAGAGGUUUCUCCUCCACCACCUAAAGAAAUGUCUCCUCUUCCACCCCCUAAAGAGGUUUCUCCUCCACCCCCUAAAGAGGUUUCUCCUCCACCACCUAAAGAGGUUUCUCCUCCACCACCUAAAGAAAUGUCUCCUCUUCCACCCCCUAAAGAGGUUUCUCCUCCACCACCUAAAGAAAUGUCUCCUCUUCCACCCCCUAAAGAGGUUUCUCCUCCACCACCUAAAGAGGUUUCUCCUCCACCACCUAAAGAAGCUUCUCCUCCACCACUUAUUGAGGUUUCUCCUGUGAGACCCAAAGAGGCCCCCCCUCCACAUGUUAAUGACGUCUCAGUCACACUGGUCACGGUGGUAUCUCCACCAGUUGAAGAGGUCUCCACUCUGUCCACUGUAGAAGUUUCUCCUCCCUCUCAAGAGAAUGCCUGUCAGUCUUCUGAGGAGGCGACACCUGUUAGGAAGCUCACUCCGCCACAAAGUAUUUCACCUCCACCACCCCUACCGUCACAGCCCAAUCCACCAGAGCAGGAGAUUGAUCUUCCACAAGAGAGCAUCCCAUCCAAAUCUGAAGGUAACCCAGUUUCAUACAACAGUAUUCUCACUCCCCCUCAGAGUAUCCCUCCUCCGCCUCCCAUACAGCUUCUCAACCAACCUUCGGUUGAACCCCAGAACACUGAUGGUCUGGAUGGUCCAGCAAACCAGGAGCCCUCCCUUUUGCCAGAAGUCUCUAUUCCACCAGAAAAGGCUGAAGAACCUGAUCCUUCUCCAACUGUAAACAUCCCCUUACCUCCACCUCUAACUGUGCAGGGUCUUGCCAGCAUUAAGGAGCGGCCUAGUCCUGCAAGCACAGAAAACCAAACCCCGGAGCUCGUACCUGCCCCUGUUCAGGAGGCAGGUCUCAAUGUCAGCCCCUCCCUUCUGCAGAUGGUCAAGCUGCGGUCAGUCAAUAGCAGCCCUGAGCCUCCUAAAGCGCAGGAGCCUCCAGAGGCUGAGGUCAUGAUGAGGAAGCAGCAACCCAGCAACCUGGUCCCACCCUCAUCUUCGAGUGGUGAAGCUCCUCAGAAGCCCAUCAGAAGGUCUCUGAUCAUCCUCUCUCCACCAACCGCAUCGUCACCCCCCACCUCGCCACCUGCCACAGUUACUGCACAACCAGCUCUGUCCCAGUCUGUUUUGGUUCCACCUGUAUCUUCAUCCCCAGUCGUCUCCCCUACAAAAAAGUCUCCUCCUGCCACGACAGCCUCUCCUUCCAUAAACCUACAGGAGGCCAUCCGCCUGAGGACAGCAGCCAGAUCAAAAGCUAGCCCUACAUCUCGCCUCAGCUUGCAAUCUCCAACAUCACCACUAGGCCCCUGCAAGUCCCCCUCCAGCACAGCAAGCUUUAUAUUCUCCAAGAGCAACAAGAAGGUGGUGAUCGAGACCAAGCCGGUACCAGAGAACAUGAAGGUGGCCAGUGAAACAGAGUGGGUGAGGAAGGGAGUCAAGGUACCACCACCCGUUGCAAGGAAACCCAAAACAAAGGGCAAAGAGAUCGAGACCAGUGAAGGGACGGAGCAAACUGCAGGACAGGAAGCACCGCAAGAGAGUAUCAAGGAUGCUGCGGAGAAAACAAAUGGGACAGCAGGUUCUGUUAAAGGAGGAGAGACGCCACCGACAUGAUUGUAAAGACUGAAGGAGACCUGCUAAGGACUUACCAAUAACACUGAAUUUGCUGCAAGUUGGUCUUUGUGCGAGAGGCAAGAAACUGGUUUUGGAUAGACAAAAUGCUUAUUUCAAGGAUUGAAUUUGGAAAAGUUCUGGAUUUUAAAGAAAAUCCUUUGACUUUGUUAAUGGUGUGGGUCUUAAUUUCUCUAAAGUACUCACUUGGCAUUUUCCUAAGAGUGAAUACAGCAUUAUUUUCUUUACCAGAGGGUCUGAGUUUUACUGUUGAAAGAGAUGAGAAUAUACUGCCCUCUAGUGUCAAACAUUGAUUAUGUCCUGCUGAAUCAGAGCUCUAGUCGUAACAAUGGGACUUUUGGGCUCUCAUCUGUAAAUAUAGCACGAUUUUGUACAUUCAACAUAUCCAGUAAUGAUGGAUCUGUGCUACAGAGUUCUGUUCUAUAUUUUCUCCAAAAGAGUUUCCACACCAAUUAUAUUUGUUAAAGAAUAUUAAUUAUCUUAAGUUAUUUUUUCCUGUUUUCAUGUUCAGAGGGUCUCCAGACGGAAUGUCUUCUUUGCAAUGUUGUUACACCCUAAUAUCAUUAAAUCAAGGUUGUUUGUAUAGCUUAAUCGUUUCCAAAUGUUCUAAAAAAUCCCACGUGUCAUUUUUUUGUGAUUCAAAGCUCUAUGUGCGUGAUGCCACAGAAACAUUGAGCAGGCAUGCAUAAUAUAUAUUUUCUGCUGCUUUUAGUUACUGAUAAUGGAGGCAUGCGUUUCCUCAGUUAUUGCUUAAACAGUGGGAUAUUUCUGUGUUGAACUAUAAUAUAUUUCAAACUGGUUUCAGACACUGUAAUGUAAUAAAUCAUUUAUAAUGGAAAGAAUAAAGAUUUAUGUACAGA